UUCCCUGAAGAGAGGCAAAGCGGAACAGACGAGAACCGAGGGGGAGGAGGGAGGGAGGAGGAGAAUAAGAGGGGAGGGGGCACAGGCAGGGUGAGACAGAGUGCUAUUCAGGAAAGCCAGGGGAAGGAGAGGCGGAUAUUGUCCACUAGUGGAUGUCCUGCAUCCGUUCCUUGGGUGUGUUUCACAUUGUUGACUCUCCCUGUCGAUUCUCACUGUUGACUCUCUGCUUAGUGAGUGAAUUCCAACAAGGUUUUGGAGAUGGCUAUUAUCUGUUCACUCCAAGCUCUGAGACCGAUAUGAGUUAUGUCAAUAUAUUAUAAGGUUGUGUCCAAACUGUCCACUGUUCUGUUCUGCCAUACAGGAGGACUGUCUGUGAUAUUUCACCCAAGUUUUGUUGAGAGAACUUUUGAAUUUAUCAGUAGUUGCAUGCCCCAUGCCCUCUUCCCCUCUGACUCAGGGGUAAAGUAUGAUGUGGGUUGAGAGUGAUCAUAAUUGAUGUGUCAAUGGAGCAUUGUUUUGCUGUGUUUGAGAGUCACCACACUCUGUACCAGUAAGUACUGUUUUAUAGGCUUUCGGAGUGAUUCUUUUUCCUUUCCAUAUCUCGGAGACAUUCCAUCUCCUUUUGUGUUACUGCUCAGUUGGAUUAGCUAUGAUCACUGUUAUUUUUAUUACGGUGGUGUGUGUGUAGGGGGGAGGAGGGUGCGUAUUUGUGUGUGUGUGUGUGUGUGCGUAUGCACAUGCAUGUGUGUGUGUGUUUUGACUUCGCUCAACCCUCUCGUUUUGGUAUGGGAGCAGAAAGGCAUACCUGGUGCACCUCAUCGAGUGUGUGUUCUGGCUUGCCCUGAUUUCCAUGCAUGGAGGGAGUGGGGGAAGGAGGAGAGGAGGGAGGGAGUGCUGGGGAAAGCCUACACUCUGACUCAGAGGGGAGGGAGGGAAUUCCCUUGUGAGCAGAAUAGCUUUUCCAUCUGGUGUGACUGGAGCUGUGCCUGGAGGUCUGGAGCACCAUGCAACACAGAUAUAGCUCCACAGCAGGGAAAGACUCCCAGCCCAGCACCUCUACCCUGGAUACCAAUUCUUCCUGGAUCCCUUAACUUUCCCUACCACCCCUGUUGACAGAUUUGUCAGAUUUCACCAGUAUUAGGACUGGCAGGUACCAGGUGUCCUAGAGGAGCAGAAGCCAACCCCUGGUCUGGUGUGUGAUGGACCCUGUUUGGCCUGCGGUUUUGCCAGCUAUUUUGGCUCCAAAUCUACUGACAGUUUUUGCCAGACAGGUGGCAGAAGGAUUUUGACAAAUGUGAUAAAUAACUGACUGUAUUAUAUAAACAGGAAAGCGGGAUAGACUGAGAAAAAAGACACCCGCAAAAUUAUCUCUUGGUAGGACGAAAGUCGAAAAAUAAGACUGGCUUGUUUCACGAGUGCCUCUGCAAUUAAGUCUGGGUGAAUCAUAUUUUCCAUUCCCAAAACCACCAAAGUGAGCAUUCUUUGGCCAGUGGAAGUUGUUGUUCUGUUGUUGGUACGGCCCCUUCCCUAUGUUUUAGUAGGAGGAGCGUUAUCUCUCUUUCUCUCUCUUGCUCUCUCUGUGUUUGGGCGUAAACCAACCACAGGUCAGUGCAGGGACAAGUGUGAGAGAGCCCAGAUAAGAAUGGUUCUUCAAUAAAUACCAGAGUGGUCCCACCAUGCUGUGUGGCGGUCCACAUCGUGUCUCCUGUCAUUAACCAAAUCUCCGAGCAAUUACUGCAGAGAAGGAAAACAAAUGGGAGGUUAUUGUUAUUGGAGUCAUGUGGGAGCAUAAACUGUAUUAUAUGAAUCAUAGAAUAAACAUAGGGACUGUGUUGUUGCUUAGAAAUACUUAGUCCUGGGAGUUGACUGAGGUGUGGUUAGGCUGUUUAAACCUCUCCGUCAACUGUGUCCUGAUGAUGCUUCAUUCAUCAGUAGGUCCAUUGUUGUGUGUUCCUGUACAAUGCGAGUCUUUCGGACUCUUCCCACCAGUUUAGACACAGUAAAAGGCAGCUGGCUGAGCUUUCCCCAAAGCACUUUACUUGAAACAAAGGUGUGUGUGUGCGUGUGCGUGUGCGUGUGUGUAAUUGUGUUUGUGUAAAUGUGUUGAGUGCAAUUCUCAUUGACCCGUAUAGGGAGUUGCCAUGCCUCCUACUACCACUCUGUGUUGUGACCAGUCUGAUAGAGGGAGAGUUUAGGAGGAGGCCGAGGUAGAGACGGAGAUGGAGGGAGGGGUUGUGUGUGGGUGGGGGACUCUGCCAAGUAGGGAGGGGCGGUGCCGUUGACGGAACAGAAGCGUUUUGCAGAUGUUGCACAGAGAGAGAGAAAGAGAGAACGUAACGUUUUGUGGUUCAGUCCUACGGUACUCUCUAACUUGAAACGGUUUACAUGCCACAUACGUGGCUGUCUCCCGAUUCAGUGAAGGUGAAAGAGAGAGAAGAGCGGGAAAUGACUACUUUUGGACUGCUUUUGCUCUUUUUGUUAAGUCUUGCUGAACAAUUUUAAAAGAGUAGGAGUGUCUGUUUAAUUUCUGCUUCUGUAGAUGAGAAACAGACAGAGGGUGAAAGUGAGGUGAAUCGAAAGAGAAUGAUAAAGGGAUUGAGACGAGAAAGAGUAGGAAAGAGAGGGAGAAGAAGAGAGAUGGGGAAAGAAAAUGAGAGCGAGAGAGAAAUAGAGAAAAAGAGAAAUAGAGAGAGAGAAGCCUGAAAAACAUGUUUACUUGUGGAGGGUUGACGUCUAAGGUUUCCCCUCUUGGAGUGGGUCCCAGUGCGGGGGUGGGCGAGAUUCCCUCUUGGUUCCCCAGACGUAAUAUGAGGAAUGAGCAUUCCCUAUCAUAUCUCUCUCUCUCUCUCUCUCUCUCUCUCUCUCUCUCUCUCUCUCUCUCUCUCUCUCUCUCUCUCUCUCUCUAUCUCUCUCUCUCUCUCUCUCUCUCUCUCUCUCUUUCCCAUCUCACAACCUGACGAGCAUAUCAGAUCCAUGGCACAUCAUGAUUAGCUGCACAUAGCAUUACUUUGUCACAGUCAUAUAGGCAUACUCGUCACCCUACUGAAAUCUCACAGUUGUCUGUUUACUCACUUCUUCUUUCUCUUCUUUCUUCAUUUCUCUCACUUCUGCAGCCAGUGCACAGAUCUUUUGCCUGAACUCAAAAUAAAGACAUCUGUCUGUGAUCUUUUUCAAAGUCUGUUCUUCUCUUUUCCUCGCUUUUAAUAUUGCUUUUGGAAAUAGAUACAUGGUGGCUUCCAUCCUCCUGAGCUCUCUCCCAACUCCAGCUCCACCCUUCUACACGAGUGAUAGCAGGCCAAGCAUGACUGGGAUCUAUUCUUCUCUUUUUGCGUUGUGAAAAACAACACUUUGGGAGAACAAUAUGGUGUAGAGACCACAUCUUAUUACUUGGCUCUUUAGUUAUACUAGUACAGCUGCCCAAUGGCCAUACCAUAUGUAGUGUUUGUUACUUCACACAUAUCUCACAGUCCUCAUUAAAUUAGGACCACAAACAGAAUGAUAUAGCCAGCCAUUGCCAAAUACAUAAGGGCAGUGCCACAGACACACACUGACACAACUGUAUUGCCAGCCAACACAGCAUGGUAGUGCCACAGACACAACUGUUUUGCCAGCCAGCAUGGCAGUGCCAUAUACACACACAGACACUGGCAGUGCUACAUACACACAAAGAAACAAAGGCUGGAUAGUGUCAAUUCUAUUUCUGACAGGCACUAAUGAGUCAUAGGCCUUAAGAAAAUGUGCUGUGGUUUGGGCCUGACUGUAUAAACAGAGCAUAGAGUGUCUGUUCACGAAGGUGUGGCAUGAAAUCACAGAGAGACCCAAGGAAUGUGAGCGAACCGCUACAACUACAGACUCCUGGCAGCUGCUGCAGAUCCCUAGGCUUUUAUUGCAUGACAGGGAAGACUCGACACCACAACACUCUCUCAAGAUGAAAAAAAAUGAGAGAACAAACUAACAAAGGCGUUUAUGAAGCAGAGUUAAAGCUGCAAUAUGUAACUUUUUUGUCGACCCGACUAAAUUCACAUAAAAAUUUGAGUUAUAGGUCUGUCAUUCUCAUUGAAAGCAAGUCUAAAAAGCAGUAGAUCUGUUCUAUGUGCGCUAUUUCUAUGCUUCCCGUUCGUAAGUUUCAUUUUUGCAAUUAUAUUGUGUGUGAUUAUGUAGUGUUUCAUAUUUGCUGUUGUCCUUUUUUUAUAGAUGGACACCACCUAUGGGAGACAGAAGCCAAAGUUGACAAGGACUCCUUCAAGUCUGUAAGUUGUCCUCAGUGUUUUCCGUACAAUACAGUACUGUAUUAGUUGUAGUCCUCUUUUUAAGAUUGAAAGUGUAAAUUUGCUCAGCCAUACAUUCUAUGCAUCUUUCUCUUCCAUUAUAUUAACCCCCUCUCUCUCGCUCUCUCUCGCUCUCUCUCUCUCUCUCUCUCUCUCUCUCUCUCGCUCUCUCUCUCUGUCUGUCUCUCUUUUUCUCCCCCCUCUCUCCCCCUUUCUUUCUUUCCCUCCCUCACCUCCCUCGCUUCCCCUUACUCACUUUGCUGAUGUAACCUUUGCUAAGACAUUACCAAGGAGAGAGAUUAGUUGUGUUGAUUAGUCCAUGCAAUCCUGAAUGGAAUUUUCACACAUUGUUCCCUCUGUCCUCAUCUGCACACACAGUAAACAAAGUGAUUGCACCUAGAGCAUCUUGCUUCAUCAUCAACAAGCACCCCUCAAUAAACACACACAUUCACACGUGCACGCAAACACACACGCGUGCACGCGUGCACACACACACCACCACCUUCUCUCUACUAGAUCAUAUUCAUUAGGGCACACCAUAGCAAACCAUUUUGUAAUGGAAAACAAAAAAAGAUGUUUCUCAUUGGACAAGUUUAUUUAGUCCCUCCCAGUUUCAGUAAUUUUCUUCAGUUUGUUGCCUAAUGAAUACUGAUGCAAGCCCAGUUGCCCUACCAAAUACCUCAGCCAGCGUAGCCAGACAUUUAGUUCACUGUUCAACUUCUGGUUCAGGGAGGAGGAGUACUUAAACACCUCGUCUGAGCCCGGCCUUCCGCUUGAGGCCUGGCCAAGAGUGGAUUACCCCCCUCCCUUUUUACCAGUUGUUUUCACGAGAGAAGUAAUGAGAAAAUAAACCAGUGCACCUUUCUACUGAUGCCCAGUCACACAUUUAGUCGUACAUUCUGUUAAUAAAAACAAGGCAAAGGGGAUUCAUCAGAGGGGACAGUAAAUGUUGUACGUGUCACAGAAAAGCUGCUUGUGCUUCUGGAGUUAAUUAAGAAAUACUUAUGGUGAGGAGAGACUCGUAAGGUCUGUGCGGGUGUGUGUGUUUGCUUUGUGUGUGUGUGUGUGUGUCUGUGUGUCUUCGAGUGCACAUUAGGGUGUGUGAUGACAAUGAUGACAAUGUGUUUCAAAUCAUCCCCCUCUCUUUCUCUUCUCUUUCAUCAGCAGUCUCAUCAUCCCUCUGUCUCCCUGUAAACUAACUGCUGUAAUUGACAAUUGCAGUGGUGUAUAACAAACCACCUCCCAUGGAACAUGUGUUUAAAUACGGCAGCAUUUCAAUGAUGAUGUUGUUUUUGUUGUCGUGUGUUUUUACGUUCAGGUGAACGGCUUUAUUGAAUCAGGAGUGUUAAAUAUGGCUUCCUCCUCUCUGAUCCUUCGAUGGUUAAUUGGCCUUAAGGGCUGGCUGAUGUUACGGCUUGUCCCACAUGUUGGACAAUUACAGUGGGGGAUAUGGUGGAGAGGUUAGGUAGGUGAAAGACAAAUAGUACAGUGUGCUUAUUUGGUGUGCCGACAAACAACCCACAGUGUUGCUGGCCUUUUCUCUCCAGCUUCCACCGGCCACCGUUAGGUCACCUAUGCUCUGCCUGCCAUAUGUUUUCAUUAUUCCUGUUUGGAUCGCACUGCUCACUGGGUGGGAGGGACAGGGGGUGAGGUCAGCGACACCUGUAUCUGUGCUGUCUUUGACCCCGUCAGUCCAGGGCAGACCUGGCCUAUAAACAGACACACAGACACGUAGACAGACCCCACAAAAUAUGCUGAGCAACAGGGAAUGGCUUCCUGCUCUGCUCCACCACCCCCAAAUGGCCUGAGCUGGCCCCCAGAGAGCGAGAGAGAAAGACAGACAGGCUCUAGGUAGGCAGACACUCAGUCAUGUCCCGAUGGUGCCUUUGUCAUGCACCUCAACCCUUGCUCUGCAGCCUCCAAAGUUCACGUCCGUCCAGGUCUCAACCCUGGGCCUGGAGUGACGCAGUGAUCAGGGGCUGUGAAAACAAAGCCAAAGGCCCACAUCUCUCCCCUGUAGUAGUCCAGGGGUAGGGUUCAAACAAACACAAACAGGGGCGCGGUACACACUCUGGGGGUCCUGCUGAGCCCAUCCAGAUUGGGCUGGAUACCCAGCUCAGAAAGCUUGUUCAGAACACUCCUCCACGGUUCCCUGAAAGCAAAACAAGCAUACCUGCUAAUUAAUGAGCUCACACUUACAUACUGUAGGAGUUAUGUUUGUGUCUUAGAAGAGCAUUUAAAGGGGUUGUAGGCCUAAGCUAAUGCCAUAUUAGUCUGAUUUCAUAAUGUUUAGAUUAUGCAUGUUUUUUUUCAAAUCUGCUACGCACACACUUAGUCUGUUGCUUGAAAAACGUAUGUGUUAUGGCUUUACACCCCCUGCUAUAUUGUGAAUAAAGAGUUACCUGUCUAACAGAACACAGAGUGUGUUCUUUAAUGGAAGCCUCUCCAACAAAAUCCAGGUAGAAUUAGGAAUUCCCCAGGGCAGCUGUCUAGGCCCCUUACUUUUUUCUAUCUUUACUAAUGACAUGCCACUGGCUUUGAGUAAAGCCAGUCUAUGUAUGCGGAUGACUCAAUGCUAUACACGUCAGCUACCACAGCGACUGAAAUGACAGCAACACUUAACAAAGAGUUGAAGUUAGUUUCAGAAUGGGUGGCAAGGAAUAAGUUAGUCCUAAAUAUUAAAAAAACUAAAAGCAUUGUAUUUGGGACAAAUCAUUCACUAAACCCUAAACCUCAACUAAAUCUUGUAAUGAAUAAUGUGGAAAUUGAGCAAGUUGAGGAGACUAAAUUGCUUGGAGUAACCCUGGAUUGUAAACUGUCAUGGUCAAAACAUAUUGAUAGUAGCUAGGAUUGGGAGAAGUAUGUCUAUAAUUGUCACGAAUUCCGCCGAGACUGCUCCUCCUCCUUGUUCGGGCAGGCUUCAGCGUUCGUCGUCUCCGGAGUACUAGCUGCUACCGUUUGAUGUUCUCUAUGUUUGUUUGGUUUUGUCUGAUUAGUGCACCUGUUCCAUAUCACGUAUUGAUUAUGUCACCUAUAAGUUUCCUUUGGUUUUGUUUGUAGUUGUGUGUUGUUGUCCGCUCUCAUGUAUUUAGUGUAUUGACGCACUGUUUGCGUAAUCACUUGUAUUUUGUGUAUUGACGCACAGUAUGCAUAAUCGCUCGCCUCCGUUGUGUUGAGGCCCGUUAUUUUGUAUUGUCGUGUUUUGACUAGUAAAGUCUGUUGGAUUAAGCUUCUGUGUCCUGCGCCUGACUCCAACACCACAUCCACGUCAGCUCGUGACAAAAAUAAAGCGCUGCUCUGCAUUCUUAACAGCACUAUCAACAAGGCAGGUCCUACAGGCCCUAGUUUUGUCGCACCUUGACCACUGUUCAGUCGUGUGGUCAGAUGCCACAAAGAGGGACUUAAGUAAAUUGCAAUUGGUUCAGAACAGGGCAGCACGGCUGGCCCUUGGAUGUCCACAGAGAGCUAACAUUAAUAAUAUGUAUGUCAGUCUCUCCUGGCUCAAAGUGGAGGAGAGAUUGACUUCAUCACUACUUGUAUUUGUGAGAGGUAUUGAAUGUUGAACUAUUGGCACACAGCUCGGACACCCAUACAUACCCCACAAGACAUGCCACCAGAGGUCUCUUCACAGUCCCCAAGUCCAGAACAGACUAUGGGCGGCGCACAGUACUACAUAGAGCCAUGACUACAUGGAACUCUAUUCCACAGUAAGUAACUCAUGCCAGCAGUAAAAUUAGAUUUUAAAAAACAGAUAGAAGUACAUCUUAUGGAACAGCGGGGACUGUGAAGCUACACAAACAUAGACACAUGCAUACAAACACACGAUAAUAUACACACUAUACACACAUGUACACAUGGAUUUUGUGUUAUAGAUAUGUGGUAGUAGAGUAGAGGCCUGAGGGCACAAACUUAAUAUGUUGUGAAAUCUGUUAUGAAUGUAUUGUAAUGUUUUUAAAAUGUAUAGCUGCCUUCAUUUUGCCUUGGCAGCAGCUAAUGGGGAUCCAUAAUAAAUACAAUACAAAUACAAUACAAAUAUACUGUGUGAUGAUCUGCAGUGCAUCUGGAUGGUUCGUACGUGUAUCUAUUCUGUGUUGUGUCUGUGUGUUGUAGACUGCGCUGGUGGUGGAGAUCCCUCCCUACAGGAACCAGAGAAUAUCCAGCCCAGUGCAGGUCAACAUCUACGUCUGCAAUGGCAAGAGAAAGAGGAGCCAGUACCAACGCUUCACCUACCUCUCCCCAAACGGUAACCCCACAAACCUUCAGCUUUAGCUCCUCACUUACAAGUGGUUUAGUGGUUUAUUAUUCCUACUAGUGUUGCUUAAUAAGUGAUAAAGGGGUCAUAUACGCUCAUGCAUUAUACCUGCAGUGUUAUCCAAUUAUACCUUUCAGUGUUUCCCCCUAAAUCAUUUUCACUCCACAAAAACACAUGCAAUCUGUUGUAGCUUCUGCCUGACUCCGCUGCGUCCCAGGCUCCGUUGAGCGAGGGCAGAAGUGAAGCAGAAGAUGUGAGGUGUGUUUAUUUGGUUGCAAGCUUGAGUUCUCCAGCGAUGAGGUAUGAAGUGUUGAUUGACAGAGCUUCUGGGCAUUGUUGACGUUAUGAUGAGAAGUCAGUCACUGAACCGUCGAGCUUGCUCUCACACCUCACCUCACACACAACUCACGGGAACAUCCAUCACACACAACUCACGUUCUCCACUACACACUAAUGUGCCCCCUGGUCUCCACGUUUAUAGUUGGCUUGACACAUUGGAAUGUGAAGAAGUUAUUGGGAUUAGGAGUCAUUUCACAGUCUUACAUCACCAACUAAAUACCUCUCAUUCUGGGCUCAGAGUAAAUAUACAUUUGUCAUAUCCAAGUUUCAUUCAUAGACACAUUGAUAUUAAUUGAAAUCCAUUGAUGCUGCUAGAAACAACAUUGUUAAUUAUUCACAGCUUGCUGCAUCUCUCUCUCCUUCUCUCCUUCUCUCUCUCUCUCUCUCUCUCUCUCUCUCUCUCUCUCUCUCUCUCUCUCUCUCUCUCUUUAUAUCCCAUGUUAAAUUAAGAAUCAGGCCCAAUAGUGCUUAAACGCAGCCUUCACCUUUAAACUGACAAAAUGUGAUUCUAAGACUCCCUAAACACUUCAAUGAUCACCAGCUGCUAUUGUAUUCUGGAGGAGAUAAGAAGCAAUGACUCAGGCCUUUGGACGCGAUUCUAAGAGAGAGAGACCGCAUCACCACCUUGACAACGAACAAAGGGCCCUAUUUGGAGAUGGUUGAUGGGAGCAAGAGAGUGAAAGAGAGAGUGAGUGAGAAAGAGAUUGAGAAAGGGAGAGGUGAGGAGGGGGGAGUAGAGAGAGAGAGAGGGGGGGAGGGAGAGAGAGGGGAGAGAGAGUGGGGAGAGAGAGCGAGAGGGGGAGGGAAAGAGCGAGAGAGGGGGAGCCAGGACAUUUUGGGUAACUGGCCCUAGCAGAGCAACCGGUGGUGGGAGUUGAGGACAGACAAACUCUGGCCAUAUUUGGCAGCCCCAUACGAACCAGGGAGACAGACAAGGAGAUAAGCUGUACAAGGAGAAGACCAUUGCAUCUUCACGUCAUUUUCACAGAGAGUCAACAUGAUCCAAUUAACAGAUGAAUGGGGUGUGCUCUCUGUUACGAUGCCAAAUAAACUAAAUUGCAGUGGGGACCACACAAGCAGGGGCAGUGUCUGUAUGACGGAACAUAAUGUACCUCUAGAGUCACAGUCAACGGCACUUGCUGUGGUUCACCAGACCUUCUUCUUUCUUAUUUUUAUAUUUAUUCAUGUUUAUAAACUGGGUGGGGUGAGCCCUGAAUCCUGAUUGGCUGAAAGUUGUGGUAUAUCCGACCGUAUACCACGGGUAUGACAAAAAUAUAUAUUUUUACUGUUCUAAUUAUGUUGGUAAUCAGUUUAUAAUAGCAAUAAGGCAUCUUGGGGUUUGUGGUAUAUUGUCAGUGUAGCUGUAGGUGGGUGUGGUGGUGGAAUCAGGCGCAGGACGCACAAAGUAAGUCCAAAAUACUUUAGUUGUUUGCAAACACAACACAGCACGAAAACAAAUGCCCUGAGGCGAGAAACUCCGCACGCAGGCGAAAUAAAGCGGGCGCACAAAAUACGCGCGACAAAAUACUCCAAUACACAGAAAUGGAGCGCAGCUCAACCGAGCAAACUGUAUAUAUAAUAGCUAAACGCACGACAGUGAAAAACAAUCACACACAACACUAGACAAACACAACGAGAACUUAUAGGACACUAAUUACACUAAACGAUAACAGGUGUAACAACAAUCAGACAAAAGCAAACGAACAUAGAAACAUGCAACGGUGGCAGCUAGUAUUCCGGAGACGACGAACGCCGAAGCCUGCCCGAGCAAGGAAGAGAGGCAGCCUCGGCCGAAACCGUGACAUAUAUGGCCAAUAGAACAGCCCUUAGCCGUGGUAUAUUAGCCAAAUACCACACCUCCUCUGGCCUUAUUGCUUAAAUAUAAUUUAUUCAACACAAUAGUCAACAAGCAAUAAUAAACAACUCAGACAAUACUGAGUAGCAAUAGUGCCACAUUUUGCUACAGAGCUCAUUUCCAUCCGUAGUCCCUGGAAGUCCCUGAGCUUACCUCUCAUCUAGUUCCUCUGCAUGUCUGUCUGGCCAUGGACACGUGUCUGGGUGAAGUGGCCUCUACUGUAUAUGACUUUAGCAAACAGAACUGUUUCAACUGGGCUAAGGUAAAAGAGAAGCCCUAAUUAUAUCUGUCCAAGAUAAGAUACAGGUUGUCAUCAAAGCAAACUGAUCUCUAAGUCACAAUGAGGAUAAUUAUAACAGUGAUAUAUAAAUAGCAAAGGAGAGGAAAACCUGGUUGUUUGCUUUUGAGGGUUUCACUGUGUGAGAGUGUUUGAACACAUACAUAGAGAGCCAACUCAGCACUGUGGCCAGGUAGGGGUGGUGGUGUGUGUUACAUAGAGGUCGCUCUCAUCACUUCCUCCUUCGCCUAUCUGAGCGGGGCUUCCGGCCCUCUGGCCCACUUUAAGCACAGUUGUGGUCGUCAAUUAUGCUUUCUAAAAAUAACUCUCGUUCACGCUCGGGUGUCUGCUCGCCUCUGUGCUCGUCUAUAAAAAAGCAAAACCACCACUUAAAAAAGCCCCGCUUGUUUGAAAAAACAGAAGUACGAAACAAACAAUCUGCGGUCCACCAAUCACUAUUGAAAACAACUUGUAUUUUCCACUGUAGUCAGGUGAUGUUUUCUCUACUCAUUCAUGUCAAACAUAAUCAGACAAGUGUGUGAAAAGGUCUAUUGAACAUGUUGACAACCCAAAGCUUUCACUGUAGCACCUCAAGCCUGUUCAGUGUAGCUAAAUGCCCAAGGAAGGAAACGAGAUAAUAUGUAUUUGAAUCAUUUCCUCUCCAUCUUCUAAAUAGGACAGUCAUAUCUCAUGGGGGAGGCAUUGUUUCUGUCGUGUAAACAUCAUCUCAUUCUUAUCCCCCCUUUAGUUUAGUCACGCCUCAGAGCUAGUACUGAUAUUAUUAUCAGAUGCAGUCUGGAGGAUUGGAAACGAUUGAGUCUUUGCCAGGUUUGACUGUUGAAGAUAAGCUUGAAUGGCAAGGCUGUCGUAGGCCUGUUAUGUCCUACACAAGCAAGAAAGGAGUAGCGGAUUUGAACCGUUGCUUAUUCCAGAUGUUAUCGGGAAUAUUCUUCAGGAUUUCAUACAGGGGAUUUUUCAAAUGGGCAAUUAGCAUGGUAAUAAUGCCGUUGCAUAUUGAUGCCAAAACAAUAGAAUGUAGAUUGUCUUAUGACAUUUUUUAAAUUGUCUUUGUGUUUCUCAAAAUGCUCUUCAUUGUCCUCACUUUCCUUUACAAUUUCAUGUUAGUCCAAUGAAUUUGAUGACUAAAGCUUAAUAAGUUUGUCUGGAAAGUGCAUUGUCAUGAGUUACAAUUUGAGAGGAGAAAGAUCCAAGAAUUUAAGCAAUAUGUCACUCUGAAGUUAUUCAUUUUUUUAGACUCUAAAAUGUGCUGUUGGCAGCAGUUGUGGUUUGUAUAAAUCACCACAUAUCCGAUGUUGCGAUGAACGUACAGCACAAGUGUCCUUGUUUACCUCCUAGUGUGUGUGUGUGUGAGCGUUGCUUUUCUUUUCCGAGCUCAUUUCCAAUCAUUCUUGCAUAAGUAAAGACUUAACAUGCCGUCCUUUUCUUCUCCUUUAAUAAGAAACAGUUUCACCAAACCACAUAAAACAACAAACGUCAAAAGUGCUGGCGCUGACAAAAGCCCAACCGAAGUCAGUUCUCGGAAUGCCUUUAUUUUCACAAGCCGUUUGGAGGUUCCUCCUCUAGAUCGGGUUGUAUUAUUAACAGCAACGGGUGCUGCUGCUGAUUCCUGCCCAUAGGUUUGUGGUCUGAGACAUGGGAGGGAGGAGAGAGAGGGGUAUGUUCAGAAGAAACAAGAGAGACACGUACAUGAAAACUUAACGAACCGCACGCUGUGAACUUCUCCCCAAAGAUGUGUCAUGGUAACCAAACUGGAGACUGAGACGUUUCAGUGUUUCCAGGUUAGGAUAGUGACAGACACACACACACACACAGACACACUCACACACACAUGUACAUGGCCUACGUAAACUAGGACACCAGCCGUCAGCCAGAUUGCGACCACAGUGGGACGUAGUGAAUUAGACACCUGUGAGUUGAUGACUACCACCAUGAAGCACCACCUGCUCCAUUCUGAAUAUCAGAGAUGCAGCUAGCAUACUUAGGGCCCUGAGUUUUUCCUAACCACAUGAACUGACCGGGAAAAACUGGUGGUCUGCUAUAACUAGAGCCUGGAGUUUUUCCUAGUCAGGUCACAUGUUCAGGAAAAACUCAGGACCCUAGGUAUAAUGCAUUGUGCACACUCUUUCCACAGUGCAAUCAAACCAGCUAUUUUAUGGAGACAGUAGAGCAUUUCCACGCCAUAGUUUCACUCUGAGAGCAGAGCAGCCAAUCGUAAUGAGAAUCAGAGUGCAUCCCAGAAAACCCUCUUGCCCGGCUGUCUCUUCCCUUCACACGACAACCUGCCGGGCCUAGACCCUCUGUGCUCAACACCCCACAAAUCCGUCCUCGAACCCUCACCCCCAUCCCUGGAAGGAAACCAGUUCCUAAUAAAUACUCUGAUCAGGCCUGAUCACUUUAAUGCGAGCAGACAGACACAGAUAGCCAGAGAUGGGGAGAAAAACAUGUGCAGAGCGUAAACUGUCUGUGGGCCAUAACCCGCAGGUUGGGAGGAAAUAGAAGCCAGCUGGGGAUGGGACUCACAGGGUGAAUCUGCUUUCAUGGAACUGGUUGGGGGGAGUGUGUGUGUUUGGGGGACACGCACACAGAUAGUCGUCGGCAGGUAGUCUAGUGGUUAAGGGCGUUUGGGCCAGUAACUGAAAGGUCGCUGGUUCGAAUCCCAGAGCCAACUAGGUGAAAAAUGUUGAUGUGCCCUUGAGCAAGGCACUUAACCCUAAUUGUUCCUGUAAGUCGCUCUGGAUAAGAGUGUCUGCUAAAUUACUAAAAUAUAAAAGAUGGAAGGAGUGGUCAGAGAGACGGGGGGGGAGACAGAUUGAGGAAUGAUUGGUUAGAGUGGGGGAGAAAUAUAGAGCUGAAUAGAGGAGAGCUCAAAGGAUCCCUCUGUCUCUCAUUCUGGAUAUAUGAAAGGAGGGGGAAUGUGUGACAGAGCGUGCAAGUCUCAGGGAAGGUGGGAGACUGUGAAGCUGUGCUUGAUUUACAGAAGAAAUCAGAUUACUAUCUAUGUAGAGUUUACACUUUUGGGACUAUUCCAUUGAUUCCACUGCAAUAGUCAAGCUCAAUCAAAUGCAGCUAAAGUAUAGAAAACAGAAAACAAAUACUAGACCUAUCAUGAACCCAGGUCUGGGCUAUGGAGAGCCUGUUACAAGGCCUAGUAUGAUAUUCCCUAGUAAGUGUAUGGAGGCGUCAUCCUGGGACUUUCCUAAGGAUACAUACCUUACCUCUGGGACAGAUGGGAACGGGCUUCCCACUGGGUAAUCACACCAGCUCAUCUCACCCCAAAGGAGACUGGGGGUGUGAAAGUUAAUCUCUCAGCUAAAUCCUGGCCCAACAAUAAUAACAUCAUAACAUCAUGAUAGGGCUGUUUUUCAUCUGAUAAAAACACUCAUUUAUUCAGACAAUGGAAGUACAUUUAAGAAAUGCUUAUUAGUAUUAUUAACACCAACAUGUUUCGGCGUGACGCCUUCAUCACGCCUUUGUUUUUACACUGCUGCUACUCACUGUUUAUUAUCUAUGCAUAGUCACUUUACCCCUACCUACAUGUACACAUUUUAAUUUUUUACUUUAGUUUAUUUAGUAAAUAUUUUCUUAACUCUAUUUCUUGAACUGCAUUGUUGGUUAAGGGCUUGUAAGUAACCAUUUCACGGUAAGGUCUACACCUGUUGUAUUCGGCGCAUGUGACAAAUAAGAUUUGAUUUGAUUUGAUCAGGAUUUACUUAUUUUUACUUUGUUAUAUAGUAAAAAGUAACUAUUAUUAGAAAUACACUUAUGAUGGCCUAUUUGUUGGGCUGAAUAGAGUGUCAGAAGAUAUUUAGAGUGAUUCAGACCAAAACACUUAUGAUUGGCAUCAAACACUAACCACACCCAUUAACACAUUUAACUGUGUGCAGAAAUAGCAACAGACAGUGCAUGUAUUGUGACUCAGAAGCUUUUAGUUAUUCAUCUGGGUGUCUUAAUUCAAGCCUAGUUGUGUCAGAGUACUCGUGGCAGAAUCGGAGCAUGGGGGGGGGGGGGUUUAUAAAGAGUUUUCUUAGGGCAACCUGGCCUUUUCGUCUUCUCCUUAAGGUUUGGGUCUUUGUGUGUGUGUGUGUGUGUGUGCGCGCGCGUGUGUGUGUGUGUGUGUAUGUGAGUGUGUGUGCGAGCGUGCAUGUGUGUGUAACUGGGGGAUAUGUUUAAAUAUUCAAUAAAUAGUGCAUACGUUAUGGUCAGUCUCCGAAAGAUGAAAACUGAUCCAGGAAACCUACUGUACGAUGAUUGUCAGUCCAAACUAAUCAGGAAAUGGCGGAAACAUCUCCCAAAUGGACUCUGAGUGAUUUGGAAGACAGCGGCAUGAGCAAGUGGGGUCAUAGCACUCUCCUCCUGCAUUAGCUGAAGUCAGAGCUCCUGAAACCGCAGGCAUACCAUACUCUCUUAAGGAGCACGGACCACCCCAAUCAAAUCAUCCUCUCUCUUUCUGUCCUGAGAGCAACAAUUGCUUUUGGAGCAUGGAGGCCUAGGGGUCCCAGGCUCCUGCAGCAGCAGCCCAGCCACUUUAAAGCACUCUUUUAUAGAAUAUCAGAGCUGAAGGAGUCCAAAGAAAAUUGCGCCGUUUCAUGAUUAGAGCCAGCUGUGGUUUUCUGCUCUGAUGACUCAUCUUUUUUUUAUUUCUUUUUUGGGGUGGGGGGGGGGGUGGUUCUGAGCUGGCGUUUGAGUGGCCCAGCCAAUGACACAGAGUCUCUUUUAAUCGUCGGUUGUUUGUUUGGUUUUGGAGGGUAUCCUACCCACAAUCCAUCUCACUACACCAACUCCUUUACUCAUACUCUCAGUCACUCAUUCAGCCACGUGGACCUACCUCACAUUUCUAAUCUCUCUUCUCUUUUUUUUUCUCUCUCUCUCUCUCCCUCCCUCCCUCUCUCUCUCUCUCUUUUUCCAGUCCCGAUAAUAAAGACAGAACCGAAUGAUGAAUAUGAGCCUCUGGGGGCUCAGGGGCUGUCUGUUCAUUCCAAGCCUUACUAUGGCCAACCCAGGCUCACUCCAAUCAUACCUGUGGGGGACGCUGACACCUGCCUGGUCGGGGGUUAUCCUUCCUGCCCGCCUUGCCAUGGCAGCAUUGGCAGCAUGCCCGCCUCCUCCCCCAGUUCCAGCCCAACACUGCACGACCUGUCCCCCGUGGCUUACCCCAAGUGCCUCUCCACCAGCCCUACGCACGCCCACACUGGCCCCUUGGCGUUCACCAUCCAGGAGACGCCAGGGCAGCGCGUAGUGUCGCUGAUUCACCCUUCCUCGCCCGACCAUGCUCCACUGGGAAUGCUCCACUCCCAGGGCAGCAGCCCACAUCACCUUGGUAGCCCCGGUCCCCAUGGCUACCACACACUCUACCCCAACAGCAGCCCCUCUUCCUCCCCUGGGUCCCACCCCUCCACUCCAGGGGGGGCAGCAGAGAGCCCGUUCGCCCAGGCACCACCUUACAGCCCCACCCAGGGACAGAGCCAGACCCAGGCCAGGAGCAGCCCUCCCAGCCUGCUGCCGGAGGACGCCAGCCCCCCCUCCCUAGCCGUCACCGUCAAGCGGGAACCCCAGGAUCUGGACCAGAUGUACCUGGACGAU